AUGAUCCUGGUGCACGUCAACGACCGGCUGGGCACCAAGGCGACGGUGCCGUGUCUGGGGUCGGACACGGUGGGCGAUCUGAAGGUGCUGGUGGCGGCGCAGAUCGGGCGCGCGCCGCGCGAGAUCCUACUGAAGCGACAGGGCGAGCGGCCGUUCAAGGAUUUCAUCACGCUGGGGGAUUAUGGGAUCACGAAUGGGGUGCAGUUGGAUUUGGAGAUUGGGACGGGGGAUUGA